UGCUUGCCGUUGGUUGUAAAGCUUCACACUACAGACUAGAGAGCUGAGAGGAAGCAGAGUGAAACACCGCGGAGCUGAACUCCUUCUUGUUGCAGACUGAACUGAACUGCGACCGGCGGUCUGCGGCUCUGGACGCAGACGGACGGCGGCUACACACAGACACAGAGACCGGGUUGUAGUUAAACCUCCGAGGACCUGAAACCCAACACCAACCGUCCGUUGUCUUCACCCAACUGACGUCUAAACUUCUGCUCCAAACUUUCGGCGGUUUGUUCUCCUCGGUGUGUGAAGUGAAGUCGUUACCGUCUCGCUGGCCUGUAAACCGACACACAGACGCGUCCACAUGUUUCUGCCUUGUUAGUGAGCUAGUUUACACAACAACCAGGUGAGCAGGCCAGCGACCUGCGCAGGUAACUCGGGUUAGUUUACCUGGACGCUCCCGUUGCCGAGCACCAGGAUCUCAGGAUGGAUCUACCAGCAGAGAGAGAGACCCGGCGGCGGCGGAGGGACGUGAUUAACCGGAGGAAAACACCGGUGGAUACCGUGUACACCGUCGGUAUUAUCUGCCUCCAAGUUCUGUCCAUCCAGGCUGCCGCCAUCCAGUUCACCAAGGAGCCCAAGUCCCAGGAUGCCUUGCACGGCCGCAGCGCCAUGCUACGCUGCGAGGUCAGCGAUCCAACCGACAUCAGUUACGGCUGGCAUCACAACGGCCAGCCCCUGGAAAGCAGCGAGAGGCGCUUCCAGGAGGGCAGCAACCUCAAGUUCACCGCUGUGGAUCGGCAGCUGGAUGCGGGGAACUUUGAGUGCGUCGCACGAAACGAGGUCGCGGGAGAGGUGCUCCACUCCACCAAAGCCUCCUUCAAUAUCAAGUGGUUAGAAAGUGGCGGCGUGACUUUGAAGGAGCCCGCCUCAGAAGGGGAGAUCGAGAGCUCUGCGCCGGUCACGUUACGCUGUCAUAUUGAUGGACACCCACGGCCGACGUGCCAGUGGUUCAAGGACGGGGUGAAGCUGACAGAGAAGAGCCACCAGAUCAACAACAAGGAGAGGACGCUCACCUUUACGAGUGCCAGUCCGGACGAUAACGGCCUGUACUACUGCUGCGCCAAGAAUGCAGCUGGGCACGUCUGCAGCAACAGCAAUUUCACUCUCAAUAUUAUAGAUAAGAGUUUUCCGCGGCCGGUGGUCACUCCUGAGGACCAGGUGGUGUUGAGGAACGAGGAGGCCGCGUUCCACUGCCAGUUCACCGCCGACCCGGCCCCAACGCUGGAGUGGUACCACGAAAACGAGCUGCUGGCGAACAAGUCUCGUGUGAUCCUGUUAUCCAACGGCACAGUGCUGAUCACCCAGGUGAAGCCCAGGAACACUGGGACCUACAAGUGUGUUGGCCGCGGCGUCAGCGGAUCCCAUGUUGCCCUGGAGGCCUCCCUCCUCAUAGCUGAGAUCGACGACAUGGUGCCCAAGAUGUCGAAGGUUUUCACAUCGGACACCCUGCAGCGGGUGGCCUGUCGCCCCCCACGCGGCCGGCCCGAGCCCGAGGUCUGGUGGGAGAGAGAAGGUCAGCGGGUGCCCACGGAGGGCAGAGUGUACCAGGAUGGUCUUGAUCUGGUCUUCAGUCCCACAGAGGAAGGAGACUCAGGCACCUACACCUGCGUGGCCCAGAACAGAGCAGGACGCAAGACACAGGAGGUCACCUUCACCGUGGCCACUGCUCCAGUGUGGGUAACGAGGCCUCAGGACAGCCACCUAGAGGAGGGAAAACCAGGUUAUCUUCACUGUCACGCUCAGGCCAACCCUGAACCUGAGGUCACCUGGCUCCGCAACAACAUCAUGGUCACACCAGAGGACCCUCGUUUUAAGCUGUUCCCUAACGGCACGCUCAGGAUCAACAACGUGGAGGUGUACGACGGACAGAUGUACGGCUGUGAAACCAAGACUGUAGGCGGCCGACUCUCCGGGCAAGCUAGAGUCAUUGUGCUCGAGAAGCUGAAGUUCACCCCGACCCCCCAGCCUUCUCAGUGCCUGGAGCUGGAUAACAAGAACGCCAUCCAGUGCUCGGCUAAAGGCCAAGAGAACCCGACCAUCCGCUGGACCAAAGCAGACGGAGGAGAGCUGCCGCCCCGGGUGGAGCAGAGGAAAGGCAAGCUCCACUUCUCCAAAGUCACCCGCAGCGACGCCGGCAACUACACCUGCAUCGCCUCCAACAGCCUCCAGGGGGAGAUCAGAGCCCUGGUGACCUUCAUAGUUGCAGUGUACAUUCGCUUUAAGGUGGACCCAGAGAAUACGACGGUGUACCAAGGUCACACAGCCAUCCUGCACUGUCAGGCCACCGGCGACCCCGAGCCUCACAUCCACUGGAUGGUCAAAGACAAGACGCUGGACAUCAGUAAGAACAGGAGGUUCCAGAAGAUGCCCAAUGGCUCCUUGGUGAUAUUAGAUGUUACUACAGAUGACACGGGCAGAUACACAUGUGUGGCCGGAAACAGCUGCAGUAUCGAAGACCGUGGGGCUCAGCUGUAUGUAGUGGAAAAACCAGUGCAUCACUUGGAUGAAGAAGACAUGGACAAGGCUCCCUACAAGAUGAUCCAAACCAUCGGUCUGUCAGUGGGAGCGGCCGUGGCUUACAUCAUCGUCGUGCUCGGACUCAUGUUCUACUGCAAAAAGAGACGCAACUCCAAAAGGCUGCAGAAAGGCCAGGACGGAGAGGAGCCGGAGAUGGAGUGUCUCAACGGAGGGGCCGUUCAACAAAAUGGCCACACCACCGCUGAGAUCCAGGAAGAGGUGGCACUCACCAACAUGGGUACCAUAGCAACAACCGAGAAACGCCACAGCCAUGUCAACAACGAUAAGCUCCACUUUGCCCGAGCAAACCUACAAACCAUCACGACUUUAGGCAAAGGGGAGUUCGGCGAGGUGCUGCUGUGCAAGGCGAAGGGUAUCGAGGAGAGCGAGGAGGAGACGGUGGUGUUGGUGAAGAGCCUGCAGACCAGAGACGAGCAGCUCCAGCUAGACUUCCGCCGCGAAGCCGAAAUGUUCGCCAAGCUCAGCCACCCCAACGUCGUCCGCCUGUUGGGCCUUUGUAGGGAGGCCGAGCCCCACUACACCAUCCUAGAGUACUACGACCUGGGAGACCUAAAGCAGUUCCUGAGAAUUUCCAAAAGCAAAGAUGACAAGGUCAAAUCUCAACCUAUCAGCACCAAGACCAAAGUUUCCAUCUGUGCCCAGGUGGCUCGUGGGAUGGAGCAUCUGUCCAAUCACCGCUUCGUUCACAAAGACCUAGCCGCCCGAAACUGCCUGAUCAACAGUCAGAGGCGUGUUAAAGUGUCAUCGCUCAGCCUCAGCAAGGACGUCUACAACAGUGAGUACUACCACUACAGACAGGCAUGGAUCCCGCUGCGCUGGCUCCCAUCAGAGUCUGUGUUUGAAGACGACUUCUCCACCAAGUCUGACGUGUGGGCCUUCGGAGUGUUGAUGUGGGAAGUGUUCAGUCACGGCGAAAUGCCAUAUACCAAACUGAGCGAUGAUGAGGCGCUGGAAGCUCUGCAAACCGGGAAGCUGAAGCUGCCCGUUCCAGACGGAUGCCCCUCCAAAAUCUACAAGCUCAUGGCCCGCUGCUGGGCGCUAAGCCUCAAAGAGCGCCCCUCCUUCACCGAAAUCGUCCACACCCUGGGAGAGGUGCCCUCUGACAGCAAAGUCUGAGACGCCCACAUCAGAGGGGAACUUUGACCAACCCCCAAAAAACUAAAGACAGGAGUGCUGGAUUAUUAGUCUCAAACAUUUCAGGGAAGAGGGUUGAGGAGGAGGAAACACUUUUUUUAAUAUGCAUUUCAAGCAGUGGGUGUGUGGAUAAGACUUCUUUGGUAUAUCAGUGGAAACGCACUCACGUUUGUGUGAGCGGCUUCUCGUGAGCAGUGCCAGGAGUCUACGUUUGCCUUAACCGCAGCGUGGAUGACGCUCCCCUCGGGGUUCCCCGUCUGUGGUUCCACUGUGACCCUGCCUGCCCGUCUGCGGCCGCUCUGACCCUGAGACGCUUUGUUUCACGGAGCCUCACAACCUCAGUGCCUCUACGCCUCCACACACACACACACACACACACACACACACUCACCCAGACCUCCGACUGCUUUGUAGUAAGGUACAGUGCUCUCUCUGGCUCAGAUCAAUAGAAAAUAUUGGUUGGACAUUUAGGAAAAAAAACUGAAAUUUAGACUCACUGCUCUGUCAUGUCUGAAAGAAUAUUGAAGGGAAAGUGGGACGUAUCAAUGGAGCAUUGAAGCUUCAACCACUUCGGAGUGUGUUGAACGAGAUCGUUUCAACUGGUCUGCUUGAAAAUCCAGCUGCAUCCUGAGUCCACCACCCUGAUCCUGGAGGAGACGAUCCUCCAAAGUGUGUGUGUGUGUGUGUGUGUGUGCCACCGAACUGUUCCCACGCUACAGUGUACGUUCAAAGAAGAAGUGGAAUAGGGUUUGCAUGAAGGUUCGUCGUCUUGUCACGCUCGUGAUUUGCGACGCGAGGAAAACUUGUGGAAAAAGUAAUCCGUGUUAUGGUAACACUUCAGGAAAAAAAAAAAAAAGAUAACAGCCAAGGAAUAUAUUGAAUAGAUGAGAUUGUGCCAGUGUGGGCUUUGUACGUUUUUACGAGUGUGUUCUGUUCUUGUAUUAACUUUGAGGUGCUUAUUGGUAACACAGACCUAUUGGGUAAGAAACACCCGUUAUACCACAUUAAUCAUGUUGCAGGCAUGCAGCCUAUCACUGUGUUAUUAACCUGCGACAUCAUUUUCUCCAGAGGUCCAAUCACAGUUUUCCUCCAGGUCCAGUUGUUUUUGUGCAAUGCUGCAAAGUGGACCAUCACACCAGGCAAUGUGUACAUAAUGUAGAAGCCAUGCACUAACUUCACUUAAAACAAUAUCUCUCUUUAUCUCUAUCAUGUUGUGUAGUAGGACAUGCAGGUGCCUGUUUAUUUAUGAUGAAGGUCCUGUCUUUUUUUAACUAUGUUUAUAACAGAAAGGUACUUCUCUGAUGCUAUGUAUUCAUUCUCACGGUCCAUCUCAGCAGGCGUUCAGUCUGGUAACCGGCUGAAUACGCGAACACAAAGUACACAGGAGGUCAAAAAAGUGACGGCUGGUCACCAGUACUCAUUAAGUGCCUGGUAAAUGAAGGAUUAUCUUAACUGUUUCCCUCUUUUUUUUCUUUUUUUUUUUUACAUUAUCUAAUCAAAUGCAAUGGCCUUUUGUUUAUGAACUUGUUUUUAUACGUUGUUUUUAGUGUAAUGUUUUGUUUUUAUGAAUGCUAGGCACUCACACCUAGACCUCUUUUUUUAAUCUGCUUCAGCAAAUGUUCACAAUAAUCACAGAUAUAUAUACAAAAGUAUACAUGCUGCUGUCAAUAAAGGUUCACAGUGUUUUUACCCAA